AGAAGCAGUAAGUUUCUAGAUGUUUUAAACUUGAAAGAAUGUGAAUAUAAACAUUUAAAAUAAGACUGAAAGUUUUAUGUUUUAAUUUUAAUUUUUAAGUUGAUACAUUUUACUUAAAAAUCCGUUAUACUACCUUUCAUAGAUAUAUAACAUACGGAUAUAAACAUAUAUAAAUUUAUUAGUCAGUAAAACUAGAUAUAUACCUUCUAUGCUGAUGGUUUUCUAUAUUUGUUAUCUGCACAUUUCUGAACUACUGCAUUCUUCACAGCGCCACCUUGUGGGAUAACCUACUUUGAAGCACAUAAUUCAUUCUUUCCUCUUCAUUAAGUGCUUUAUUCUGGUCAGGGCUGCAUUGGAUCCAAAACUAUCAUUGUAAUACUGGCCACAAUUCACCCUGGACAGUAUACUUUGACGUUUGUCACUGGUUGAUGAAGCAGUUGAUGUUGAAGUACAGCAUAUUCUGUUUGUGUGCAUCACACGACAGUGCUUUAUUUUUUAACAAUAUAUUGAAUGCCCACUGUAGAUUCAUGCUAUUGUGGUUAUACUAAGAUAUUGUAUUUUAGGUGAAUGAAAUAUAAUUAUAGUUGUUCUGUUUUUAUUACAUUACAAUUACCAGGAUAUAUACUAUAAACUUUAAAUCAGUCAACAUAAAAAAUACAUUGAAAAAUGACACAUGUAGGAAUUAUAAUAAUGAACUUAGCACAUUUGGUCUGAUGGCUGAUACACAGCAAAGUUGUCUUUCUGUUGAACUUUGGGGAAAAGGGGGUCAGUAGGAUGAAAGCAACACUUCCUCAUGAACACUGAACAUUUCGCAAAUCACAGCUGAUAUAAAAGGGAAGAAAGUGCAAGUGCUGUUCAGUUACUGGUAAUUAUGGAGAAUGAUGUGAACUACGCUACACUUGUGUUCAGUGGAUCUUCCCCUCCAGUGACUAAAGAUGCAGAGACUGAGAAUGUCGUGUACACAGAAGUCAAGAGGACAAAAGAGGAAACACCAAAAAAUAUUCCUGCCACAACUGAGGAUAUCUCUGCUGUCUGCGAGGAUGCGGCUUCCCCCAAAUAUACAUCAUACAAACAGGCUACAGCUGCUCUCGGGCUAUUGUGUAUUCUUCUGUUAGCAGGUUUAAUCACUCUUUGUGUCUUAUACAUCAAGUAUGUUUCAAAAUACACCUCCAUUUUGGCUCUGUACACCAACGAGAGCAUGACAAACAAGAUAUUGCAAGCUGAUAAGGCAGCAUUGGAGAAAGAGAAAGAGGAUUUAACUGCACAGAGAGAUCAGUUCGAAAGCACCCUGCGGUUCAUCAUACAAUUUGAGAAUUUCCCAGUUAGAGAAUAUUGUACAUUAACAAACAACGAGGUUCACUGUGAGCCCUGUAAGAUGAACUGGAUUCAGAACGGCACCAGCUGUUACUUUUUCUGGAUGGACCCCGCGCCAUGGCUGACCUGGGGAGAAAGUCAAACACGUUGUACUGAAAAUAAAGGACAUUUGGUGGUUAUUGACACGAUAGAGGAACAGGAAUUUAUCACGCAACAUAUAUCCUUUUAUUAUGAUCAAUAUCAUGGAUACUGGAUUGGGCUUUCUAAAAAUAACAACACAUGGAUUUGGAUCACAGGUGCUGCGCUUGAGAAUGCUGGGUACUGGACUGCUACACCUACACCUACAGACUUACGAGACUGUGUGUUGUCAAAACCUAUAAGUAAUUUGAAAAACUGGGAAGCUAACAAAUGUCGCAUGCUCAAUAGAUACAUCUGUGAGGUGAAAGUGUUGGUAUGGCCGAGUCAAAAUGAGACAGCAACAACACUCCAGAAUCUAUAGUAUGUGAGAAAGGAAUUGAAAAUGUGUUCUGAAUGUAAAUAUAAUGUAAAUCUGGGAGCUGCUGUUAAAGUCGCUUAAUAAAUGUAUGAUUAAAAUGCGUGAUUACUCUAUGAUGUUACUCUGCUUUUGAUAUUUGAUUAUAAUAUGGUAAUGUAUAAAAGAGAAAGCUGAGUGGUUUAUGGGAAUUUGCAAGUGACCAAAUAAACAUGAUUAUUAUGUGGCUUCUUGUUAAAAAAAAGUCAUUAUAUUUUUUGCCUCAUGCUAAAGGUUUUAGGAUGAACAGACAAGAGAAAUGAUCAAGGCUGUUUUUCAGUGGCAGUUUUGUAUUAUUCAUAUAUGC